UGUGUUCAGACCAGCAGGUGGCUCUCAUUCAACAAGCCUGCACUAAUUCAGUCUGUAAACACACACAACGAGUUCCGCUGUCACAACAAAAACCUUACAAUGACAAACUCGGGGCCAAAGUUGAAAAUAUUAAAGUGUUUAAAGAUUAUUAUUAGUAGCUUGUUCAUCACAGUGCUGCUGUUAUUCACCGUGGCAUCUAUAAGGACUUUUUCACUGGACGUAAAUGUCGGACUUCAACUCGCACAGUGGGAGAAGACGAGUAAUAUCUCGCUUGUCGUGGACGAACAUCAGAGAGAGGAGCUCCUGAGAAACUUUAAAGAGGCUAUCCGGAUCCCCACGGUGUCAUUCACAGAGACGGAUAUCAACACCACCGCGCUGCUUGAAUUUGACAAGCUCCUCCGGAAAGCCUUCCCAACAGUUUUCUCUUCAGUCUUGGUUCGUCAUGAAUUGGUGGCCAACUACAGCCACCUGUUUUGGGUGCAAGGAUCACAGCCUAACCUGGUGCCAUACAUGCUGCUUGCCCACAUUGAUGUAGUACCCGCCUCAGAAUCAGACGGAUGGGAGGCCCCACCAUUUUCUGCCGAAGAGUUAGAUGGCUUCAUCUAUGGUAGAGGGACCAUAGACGACAAGAGCCCUGUAAUGGGAAUACUUCAGGCACUGGAGUACUUGCUGAAAAAAGGCUAUGCUCCACGCAGAGGAUUUUACAUCGGCCUUGGUCACGACGAAGAAGUCAAUGGUUACAAAGGAGCAAUGAACAUAGUGAGUGUCCUGAAGCAACGUGGUGUGCAGUUGUCGUUUGUCCUGGACGAAGGCCUGGCUAUACUAGAUGGAGUCAUCAGUGGUCUUGAAGGACCCGCUGCUCUAAUUGGCAUAAGUGAAAAGGGUUCGGCCACUGUAAAGCUUAGUGUGUCUAUGGUCCCCGGUCACUCUUCAAUGCCUCCCAGAGAGUCCAGCAUUGGGAUCUUGGCUGCAGCAGUCAAAAGAUUAGAGGAUAACCCCAUGCCAAGAUUAUUUGGUCAUGGGCCUGAACGUGGAACCUUUGAGCAUCUGGCUCAUAAGUUCAAGCUCCCCAUGAAGUUCAUAAUGUCGAAUUUGUGGCUGUUCUCCUCACUCCUUGGCAGGGUACUUGAAAGAAAACCAGACACUAAUGCUUUUGUAAGGACAACCACAGCAGUCACCAUGUUUAAUGCAGGAGUUAAGGUGAAUGUAAUCCCAUCCCUUGCUGAAGCUUACGUUAAUCUACGAAUCCACUCAUCACAGUCAUUACAAGAGGUCUUGGACCUUGUCCAGUCUAUAGUCGGCGACCAACGAGUGAAGAUGGAACUUGUUUCUGGGUUUGACCCUCUGCCUAUCAGCUCUAAUGAUGAAAAGUCCUUUGGCUUCCAGAUCAUUAAGAAAACAGUGCUGGACAAUUUUCCAAAAGUUACAGUUGCUCCAGGUAUCUGUAUUGGUAACACAGACAGUCGACACUUCAGAGACCUGACCAGCGAUAUUUAUCGCUUCGCCCCUGUCUGGUUUAAACCAGGUGAUGCUCAGAGAUUCCAUGGCAUCAAUGAAAGGAUUUCCAAAAAGAACUACGAGGAGCUCAUUGUAUUUUACUUCAGUCUGAUUCAAAAUUGUGACAUUGAAAAGCUCCCUGAGCCUCACAGCUCUGUCCAUGAACUCUAAGGAAUAGGCGAUAUGGAUUAUAACAAUUGCAAUUCAAAAGACGGUUAUUGUUAGUCAGAAUAAUUUCAACUUAUUGUGAAGUAAAUUUCAAACAAAUGUUGUGAUUCUGCAUUUUAACGCCAGAAUGUACAAUUUUCCAAUGCACUGCAAUUCAAUCAAUCAGUAACACAAAGUGCUUCAUGCAAUUAAACCCCAAUACCCACUGCCCACCUCCAACCCUCCACCCCAACCCCAACCCCAAUCCUCCACCCGACCCCAUUAUAAACAAAGCGCUACACAAACUGAGGAAGUGCCAUCUCAUCUUCUUGCAGUGAGGAUUGUUAAUUGUAGCUUUACAGUAAAUCCUGUUUAAUACAGUAUUGAUCUUAUUGUGACAGAAUGAGCACUGAAUAACUACGCGGAGACCCUUUGCAUUUCUGAUUUUGUGGUAUACUGCUGUGAUGAUUUUUGAAUUUAAAGUGAUGAUGGUAUGAUUAAAUUAUUGAUAAUACUGUGGUACUGGAAAAUGUGAAAGUAUGAUGAUAUGUGUAACUUUUAAAAGAAUGACUGCAAAAUAUUUUUUGGCUGCUAAUAACAGAUGUUUUAAAAUGAUGCCUCUUACUGUGUAAAUGCUGAUUUGUGAUAUUAAAAAAAUUGAAUAAAGAACAUAAAAAAAAACAAAAAAAAAAAACAAGUGCACUGAAGAAGACAUGCCACAUACAGUAUUAAAUUCAUUAUUUCUCAUUUUGACAUAAUUACGUAUCUCACUUUAGUGAACCAAAGUUCCAACCACCAACUGCCAGAAGGAUUUUGAGAGCUGGAUUACUAAGUGAAAAUAGAAGUGAGGCAAUUAUUAUUCCUUCCUUAUUUCUUUGCUGCAUUUGAUCCCAUCUUUCUCCUCGGCCUUGUCCCGUCUAUCUUCAGCUGUCACUUUCAAGUAAAGGCAUAAAAAACAAAAACAAAGAAACUAAUAGAAAAAAAUAUAUAUUUGUCUGUUGAUCUAAUGCCUCUCUAAAAUGUGCCACUUUAGCUAGAUAAAAUUAAUUAUAAUAAUUUUAUAUAUAUUUGUAUAUAUCAGUAGGUGGCUCUGAUGUCACGAAAUGUUUGACAAAUAGGAUUUUCUCUUGUGUCUUGCACUCUAUUGUAUUAACACCUAACAGACAAAGAUGAACCAACAUAGAAAAAACUACCCAGACAAAAUGUGAAAAGAUAUUUUAUUGUCAUUUAUUGAUUUUAUAUUAACUAGUAAUAUUGUUGUGGAUUAAGAAAGACCAUAUAUAAUUAGAUGGAACAGCUGUGUCAUGUAAGACUAAUCCAAAAACAUGCAGUGGCUAAAAUAACAAAUAAGAACACACCCAUGUAAUAAAUCUGCAUUCACCAAAGCCAUCCUGCAUGUAUAUACAACACCCAUAUAAUUAACUAAGAUAGCAGGAAACCCCCCGAAAAGAAACACACCCAGCUGGUUUUGCUCUCAUGCACAAUGUUUCAUGACAUUUGAUGCAUAAAAUAUAAAGACAUUCAGGCAGUUAAAAUAUAAACCUUUAUACUUGCAGUGUUAGAGCAGAUUUUGUCUCCAGUGUCUUCUCGGAUCCUUGAAAUAAGGGGCUGUGAUGUCCUCUGACAUUUUCCAGUGGGCCACGAAAGUCGAAUGUCAGCACAGUAAUAAAAUCAAAGUGCCUGAUAAAAUGCAGAAGACAACAUGUUCACCAAAACCUGAUGACAGCUCAUCAUUGGUAUAACAGGAAUAACAUGAACUUACUUUUACAUUGCAAUCUUUGCAACAUUAUAACUGGUAUCGAUGGUUGCAAAGACACUAGCAGUGACAAUUUAUCUGUCAAGGUUAGUUUCUGUUCCCGCAGCCUCAAAGGUGUCUUUGAGCUCCUAUACAACAAAGAAACAUGGCUCAGUCUUAGUUAAGUUGAAAAUCUUAUCGUGCAUGCCAUAUACUCUCUGGCAUAUUUCUGACAGUGUAUGUCCCAUUAGAGAAAUACAGUAUCUGACUUUGCACAGCAGUGUGAAUCUCUUGUGACUGGCUUCCUGCUCCUCCAGGGUACUUCCAGUCAAGGUUUAUCCCAUCAGAACCAUAUGCUCUCAGUAGUGUGAUAGCAGACUGGAUAAAUUUCGCUCUGUUUCAUUGUGCUGACACUAUUAUACUGAAUCUGGUAAACAUUUGAACAAACCGUGCUCUUAAGAAGACACUCCACAUGCUGCAUUUAAGGGCUCUGUUUCAGCAGCAUAAACACAGAGCAGCACCAAGCACACGAUCAUGCGCGCAAAGGCUAAUAUACAGUCUCAGGCAAAUGGUCUGCAGUUAUAAAUGAUAAUGAAAAAGUAGGAGUAAAAUUAAUAUAUAUUUAGAAAUCAUUUUGUAAUAGGCAUUUUUUAGUUGCAUUGAGUUUAAUGCAAACAGACAUGUUGUUUAUACAUAAACAAAUGAAUAGAGUUGCACGAUACCCCGCGGUGCCACGUCAUAACGG